AUGUCAGAAAAUGCAGUUCGAAGAAAACUGGUGAUUAUCGGUGAUGGUGCGUGCGGCAAAACAUCUCUGCUAUACGUAUUUACCUUGGGUAAGUUUCCUGAGGAAUACCAUCCUACUGUAUUUGAAAACUAUGUGACAGAUUGUAGGGUCGACGGGAUCAAAGUCUCACUUACACUUUGGGAUACUGCCGGUCAGGAAGAAUACGAGAGAUUGAGACCAUUUUCAUACUCCAAAGCUGAUAUAAUACUGAUAGGAUUCGCUGUUGAUGAUCCUGAGUCUCUGAUAAAUGCCCGAACCAAAUGGGCGGAAGAAGCACUACGAUAUUGUCCCGAUGCACCUAUAAUACUGGUGGGAUUGAAGAAAGAUUUAAGAAGAUCUCAUGAGGAAAAUGCGCAAGGUGAGAAAUUCGUUAGUUUGGCAGAUGCACAGCAAAUCGCCAAGCAAAUAGGUGCCAAAAAAUACUUGGAAUGCAGUGCUCUCUCUGGAGAAGGAGUGGAUGAUGUUUUUGAGCUUGCGACUAGGACCAGUUUGCUGGUCAACAAGGAACCUGGUCAACAAUGUUGCCUGAUUGCUUAG